AUGCCUACUGAAUUCAUCAGCCUUACCUUCCCCAACGCCUCGACUGAGGUCGCGCCUAUCCCCAACGCCUCUAUCGACCCCGACUACCUCGUCCGAUAUGCGCGAUCCCUAGACGAUUAUGGCUUCAACUAUACCCUCGUGCCAUACGAUUCGUCUUAUUUCGACCCCUUUACCGUCGGAGCCACCAUUGCGUCGGUGACCAAGAACCUCAAGAUCAUCAUCGCCCUCCGCCCCAACACCCUCUACCCGACCGUCGCCGCCAAAGCCCUCGCUACCCUAGACCAGCUCAGUCGAGGACGCGCCGUAGUCCACCUUAUCGCCGGCGGCAGCGAUGCCGAGCAAGCUAAAGAAGGUGACUUCCUCACCAAGUCCCAACGCUACGCCCGACUAGAAGAAUACAUCCGCAUUCUCCGCCGCGCCUGGGAAUCCGAUGAGCCGUUCGACUGGGAGAGCGAAUACUACACCUUCAAGCAAUUCAGCAACCGUGUCCGUCCUGCCAACCCCAAUGGGACCAUCCCCGUCUCGGUGGGUGGCUCCUCCGAUGAAGCCUAUCGCGUAGGCGGCUCACUAGCCGACAUCUUCGGUCUCUGGGGCGAACCGCUCAAGGAAACCAAGGAACAGAUCGAUCGGAUUUAUGCCGAGGCUGAGCGCGCUGGCCGUGCACCAAACGAUCGCCCCCGUAUCUGGGUGACUUUCCGUCCUAUUAUUGCCGAGACGGAUGAGCUGGCCUGGGCCAAGGCGUAUCAGACGCUCGAUAAGCUGAAGGAGCAUCGCGCGAACGGACAGGGCAAGGCUCCACCCAAUGCUCCGCCGCCGCAGAAUGUUGGGUCCCAGCGACUGUUGGAUAUCGCGGCGCGUGGGGAGGUCCAGGACCGCGCGCUCUGGUAUCCCACUGUCACGGCGACGAAUGCGCGCGGAGCUUCCACAGCUUUGGUCGGAUCGCUGCAGACUAUCUCGGAUUCGAUUUUGGAUUAUGUAGAUUUGGGUGCGGAAUUGAUCUCGAUUCGUGGGUAUGAUAAUCUCAACGAUGCGAUUGAUUAUGGGCGGUAUGUGCUGCCUAAGGUGCGUGGGGAGUUGAAGGCGAGGGAGAAUGGGAAUUGA